GCUUGAUUGAUUGAAAUAUUGAUCUGUUUGUUCGUGUAUGUAUUGUACGCGAAAUAUGGCUCACGAUGUUCAAGAGCCAGCUGGUUAAAGGGCCACUGUCAUCUGUGUUGACUGAGGAGUCACUGGUUGUUGCUUUGGUUGGUUUUAGAGAAGACAUUUGUUUCAUGGUGUUGUUGUUUAUCAUUCUGUCGUCACAGAAGUGCAUUUAAUGGGUCAUUAUUUUUGUUUUUAUGAGCUUUAAUUCAUAAAAAUAGCAUUAAUAUUUUACUGUCAGGACAGAAAACUAUUGAUGAAACUGAAUGAAAAGUUAUUUAGCCGUCAACUUGUUUAACCAUUUUUAGAAGAAGACAAAUCUUUUUGCUAAUGAUACUCAUAUUAUCACGUUUUGGUGAAAUCUGUCUUAAUAGCUGCAAAAUCUGUAACGGAUAUACAAACAUCAAAUGCUUGACAACUGGACAAAAGUUCUACAUGAGUCUCUAAUGACCUAAGAGGUUUAAGAGGCUUAAGUUGUUACUGAGAUAUUUGGUCGCCAUGGUUACUUCACGUCUUUCUUGCUACGUUACAUCGGUUAUUCUAGCACAUCGUUCCAAACUGUAGUUUUGGCUUUGGCGCAUUUGGAUCAGGAGCAGAACCUGUGACGAUCUAGGACGGUUGAGUUCCCAUCAGGUUUCUAACCAGAAAGUUUUCUGACACAUAGACAAUACUGUAAAAUGUUUUUUUCUGGUCAGAAGCGAGAUAGAACAGAAUAACCUCUGUUUUGUGAACAACUGUUGACACCACAGUUGUGAGACUGUUGAUCUGGACUGUCCCGUGCAGUUUUUGUUUCCACGGGCAACGGUAACAGGUCAUAUCAGAGACACGUACACAGAGGAGGUAUCAAGUGUUUCCUGGUAAUGUGCCUGAAGACAGAUCUAUUCUGACAAGGAUACGGGGAGGGGAUGAAGAGGGGACAACUGGGCCCGAGAGCUCCUGUCCUAAUUUAGAUGAGAGGAUUUUCCUUGAGGCAGAGCCCGGAUGCCCCAGCAGGAUCACGUUUCUUCUAAGUGGAGGCAUCAUUUAGGAGCAGGAGACUGGACUCAAGCUCCUCACUCAACCGGGAAAAAGAUGUCUUCAAGUCGCAAACAUCAUCUGAAGAGUUUGAUGCUGUCUAUUGCCAAAGAUUUACUGGAUGAGGAGGAGGCAGAGCGAGAGCAGGAGCGAGGGAGGUACAUGGCUGAGACCUGCCCCCCCCCGUCCCUGCCCAGGACCAUGCAGGAGCUGCAGGAGCUGUGCAGGGAGAUCCACCAUAAGAUCGACGUGACUGACGAGGAGCGAUACGACCUGGAGCUGAAAGUCACCAAAGCCAACAAGGAGAUCGACGACCUGAAGAUCAAAGUCCAGGACCUGAUGGGCAAAUUCAAGAAGCCGGUGCUGAGGAAGGUGCGCAUGUCGGCCGACGCCAUGCUGAAGGCGCUGCUGGGCUCCAAGCACACGGUGAACCUGGACCUGAGGGCCAACCUGAAGCAGGUCAAGAAGGAGGUGAAGGAGGAGGACAAAGAGCUGCGCGACGUCGGCGACUGGCGGAAGAACAUCGAAGACAAAUCCGGCAUGGACGGAAGGAAGAAGAUGUUCGAGGCAGAAGCUUGAGCGUGUUUAAUGUCUGCUUUAACGUGUAACACAUCCCUGAAUAAACAACUGACCCCGUGA